AUGCGGCAGAGACCUCGACCCAGCCUAGCACGGCUGAAGGUUGAUGUGACGCACGUGCUGCAGAUGGUGGACAACACCAGGCUCACCCUCCGCAACCGUUACCUGAGUGACGCGGACGACUUCGGAGAGGGGAGCAACGAGCUGAGCGCCUUUUUGGCGAAGCAUGCGUCGUCGGAGAAGAGGGUGGUGAAGGUGACGGGCACCGACUCGACUGGGGCGCCAACCACUCAUGAGUACACCCUCCACGAGGAGAAGAUUAAAGGUCAGAAAUCUGGCGAGGGCUUGGACGACUGCAUCACACUGGCGAAGGGGUACGUGAAGGAGCUGCUGAAGCGUUUGGAGAGCCGGAUGAAGGAUUUGGGCUCUCUCGAGGGCGCCAAGCUGUUCACGCAGGGGGCCGCGGUCUAA